AUGUUUAUGUCGUUGUUCUUUCCCCUAUCCAUGCCGCCGAACAGGGCUAGUGAUUCUGGGUGCACUCAGCUCAGCGCCAGCUCAGACCGAGCCCUCGUCCGUGCACGCUCCUCGAGCCCUGGCAGAAGGGGCUCCACGAGCACAGCGGAGAGAGACGACCAACUGCCUGGCGAGCUCGCCUCCGUGUUGAAGCACGUGAAGGAGCAGUUCGACAGGGGCCGCUUCAGCAACAGCGGUCUGGCAGGGCCCUUUCGCGACAGCUCGCAGGGCCACUUCAGAUCAGUCUACCUGUCCGCCAUUCAGGCCUCAGACGAGCUGAUGUACCUCUUGGGAGUGGUGCUGGUCCAGUUCCAGCGCAUCAGCGAGGGCCUCGGGGACUACGGCAUGAUCCGGGUCGCGCCCUGGCUGCUCCCGUUCCUGGAGGCGCUCGCCGGCAAGGUGCAGAGGCUCAAGGGCUGUCUCGAGGAGGUAAACAAGGCGGUGGACCAGGAGCUCGUCAUCGCCAAGGAGCGCAUGUCCGCGAGGGCGCACGCGUCCAUCGAGCGGGCGGUGACCGGCAGGGACAGCCACGCUGCCGCGCUGCUGCAGCUGCUGGAGGACCUGAAGGCCCGGUCGGCUCCAGAGAGGCUGCCCUCGCUGAUGGACAGCAUGGGCGACGCGUGCAUGCAAUUGGAAGGCGUGCUCUCCUCGCCGCAGUUCCGGACGUGCGUGGGCGACAGGUUCCCAGUCUUGCCCUCUCUCCGUGACGGCCAGCACGUGAUGGCCGGUCUCGGUGACCGCCCUGCGAGGCAGUCCGCGCCCCUCGAAAGUUCCCACGUGCGCAUCUUGGAGUUGCCCAGCUGA